GAAAGUUUCUGACGCUCUCCGUUUUGUUGGGACUGCCCGCAGGAAAACUGGUGAUCAUUUUUCGCUUUUCGCCGUUUGCUCGUCCUCAUCAUAACGCACACAGACUGUAAAUCUGAAGAAUCUGUAUAUGGAUUUGGGAUUAAUAGGGUCUGCGACACUGAAAUGUCUCAGGAUUGGAAAUGCAGCUCCACGCCUGUCUGUUGCUUUUUAUUAUCACAACAGAUAAAACAUUGGCCUUGCUGCACCAACGCUGUGGUGGAAAUGUCAGCCUGGACAAAGAGCCUGCUGGUCACAUCAACCUCACUUUACCUGGACUUAUUUCUGACACCAACCAGUCUGACAAAACCCUACCACCUUCAAACUGCACAUGGACGAUAGAUAUUCCUCUGGGUGUGACGUUACUAUUGAAGUUAGUAUGGUUGGAAAGUGGUUCUAGCGUAUCAGUGCGAUGUGUUUUAAACAAAGAAGACAAAGUCCUCAAGAGUGGGGAGACAGCUCUACUCUCUCUCUGUGAUGGAAACAAAGCCAACUUCAGUUGGACAGGAGCAAGACACUCCUCAGAUGCAUUUCAGCUUUCCUAUUACGUCCAGGAAAAUGGGAGGAAUUCCUCGGAGGACAACACCAGCCCACAUUCAGACCUCUUGAGUUUGUCUGAGUCAGGAACCAACUUUACAAGCACAUCUCCGAUUGGUCAAGAUGUGUUGAGCAGGACAGAAGGGGGCAAAGGUCGUCUCCACCAAGGUCUGGAGCGGAGUUAUGUGCCUCAGUCUAUGUCUAGUCCCUCCUCUCAGGACCAGGGGCUGCUGCGCCCCACCUCACCCCUGCAGGGACUCACUGUGGCUGGAAGAGCCGAUAGGGAAACGCUCCCUCUUCCUGAGGAAGAACCAAACAAUGAAGCGGAUACAUCUGGAGCCGCUCACCUCGCUGAUGGCAAAAUGUCUGCCAGAGAGCUGACACACCCCUAUUUUCAGCAAGCGCUUAGCACAGAUACACUGUUUCACGCAUCACACACGCCAGAAAGAAAAUCAAGCUAUGAGCUCCCUCGUACACAGAUGGCACUGACACAUGCAACAGACGGUAACUCUGACAAUUUCCAUGGCACCGAUGAACAUGAAUAUACAGCCAUAUUUAAACUAUCUACACCCACACAACAUCAUGUCAGCUCCAGCGGCCCAUCUUUCACCUCCUCCCCCCCUGAGAUACCUUCCAGAACAACCCAGGAGAUUGGAACAAUCCUAAUCCCCCAUGGUGGAGCUGUAAGUGGGGCAUCUGUACAGAAACUGUCCCGUUCCUGGAGGAGCCACCGAAGCACAGACAGACUUAACUCUGAUCUGACCUCCACCGUCACCUCUGACCCUUUAACAUCAUCCACCAACUUUCAGCAGGAUGACUCAAGCAGCACACACACUCACACUGACCCCACUGCGUCAUUAGCAACCUCACAUGAACCAAGAAGAAGUCAUUCAUCCACCACCCACACUACAGAGCCCGACACCUCUGUUGGUUCUGUGGAGGCUGCUUCAUUUCAUCCAAACAUAACUGACUCAUUUGCAUCAGAUGCGUUGGAUGUUACAAGUCAAACUGUUGCACUCGAGUCCUCUGAUAAAUUUGAAAACACAGAGAUGCUUGACAUUUUUAAUUCUUCGACAGAGAUUAAAAACUCCACAAAGCACAGAGAGCUUCACACACUCACCAUCUCCUGAUGCAUCCUCCCCAUUCACACAGACAUUUAAAGAAGAACAAACAGCCACAUACAGAAAUGUUGUAGGAACAGAUAUGGCUACUAAAACUCUCUCCUCAUCGCCUGAAUUUACCAAAGUUGAUGAUGGGACUAUGGGUUUCACAAGUGUUUCUUCUACGCCCAGAGAAGCUCUGACGUUGGGAGAUGUAGUUACUGACACUGAUACCUACACCCUGCCUUCCACCAAAACACUCCUCCAUGACAAUCCACCCACAAAUUCAUCGACUCCCGUCCCUGUUUUGUCCUCCAGUACAUCCAUACACUCAUCAACACCUUCAAACACCGUCCAAACACACACUACAUUUCUUGUUAGUUCACAUUCAACACACACACCACUGACUUUGUCCUCCAUUACCACUGACUCCGCUGCACACACACUCCUCAUCAACCCCAAAACCACACCUAUACCCUCACAAACAGCUUCACAGACAACUCAUGCACAGAAACACCUACCUUUACCACCUUCCACUAGUGUCCCUAUCACACAUAAACAGCCGAACAGCUACCUUACUACUACCCAAACUAGUCUGGUCUCACUCACAACUGUUAAAGCAGAUGAUGGAGAUAGAGAGUUAGAAGUAGAGAAUGAAUCUUGGCAGUGGGUUUCCAGCAGUACCACUACACAAACUCGCACAACUGAAGCUCCAUCUUUGACAACACCAUACACCAGCAACGAUACCCAUGUGGUAUUCACACCUUCUGUUGUUACCUCCGUGCCCAAUUUAAGCUCCACAACCAGUCAGACACCCAAGUUCUACAUUGUGCCAGACCAAGCUGCAGCCAUCAGAGUCAAGUCAAUUGAGCUGCUGCUUCAGAUCCUUGUAGAAGAUUCCAGAUCGGAUUUUACUUCUGGUUUGGAGGAAGACACGGCUGCCUGGUUGGAUCUGUACCUACGGAAAGCCCCGGGGUUCAGCAGGCUGCUGGGAGUCUGGAGCAGUGGCCAUGCAGUGCAGAGUGUGGUGGAGUUUGAAACCAGCGGAGCUCUGCAGUGGCUCGGCAUGACAGGACCCUCAUCAAUGUUAGAACGAACAGGACUAGCUGAAGCUGUGAGCGAGGGGAGGAGCUUCAGAUCAUCCAAGAUUACCAACAUCACACUGGGAGGUCUGCAGGGGGAUGUGUGUGACUGGUUACUGCAGUGUCCUGCAGGCUACAAGUGUGUGAUUCAGCCUGGCACCUCAAACUAUAGCUGUUCUUCAGUCUGCCACUUUGACUACUGCCAUCACCACGGCAUCUGUACUCACCACCCAGGACAACUUCCAGUUUGCCGCUGCCUUGUAGGAGUGGACUUCUGGUACAUGGGUCAGAGGUGUGACCUGAGGAUGACUCGAGCGCGUCUCGUGGGCGCAUGUCUUGCCAUCUUACUCAUCAUGGUGACAGUGAUUGGUAUUCUGGCUCUUGUUGCAGUGCGCCGCUACAGAGCCAUUCUGAUCCAGGCCAAAGUGGAUCAGACUCGGAGCAGCUAUCGCAGGUUCAACCAUUUUGACGAACUGUCAGGGCGGUUCUGGUUGCGUUCGUGGGCAGGUUCAGCAGACUCACUGGAUAAUCCUGCUUUCACACGCUCCAAUGAGCUGCUGCACCUGCGGGCGCUCGACCGCCCCUGUUGUUACCACGACGACACGCUGUCCCUGGCCUCCACCUCUGCCAGCCACGGGACGCGCAUCAAUACAAUUUACCCGCACAGCUCUCAGUAUGGUUGGAGGGGAAGUGAGAUGAGCAUGGGAGAUGGUGUGUUGGACUCGGGUAAGGCCAGUGACCUGUCUGUCUGUAGCUGGCCAGUUGAGCCCAUCCAGUGGACUCCCUUCCCACUUCUGCAGCAACUGGCCUCCCACAGGACGCCCGCAAUGAGAGUAUCGAGGCCGCGGUCCUACUGUGAGGGCAUGGAGCUGGUGGACCUGGGGAAGAGCUGGACUGCUUGACUGCAUAAAGAAGAAACAACUCAAAUGUUGGCUGGUAUUUUGCAGCUCAUUCUUACAUAUUAUGCCUAAAAUGUUGUAAAGGUUGUUGUUGUGUUAAGAAAAAAGAACAAAUGUAUAUGUGUAUAUAAGUGUAUAUUUUUGUCAGAUUGUUCCCUACUAAAUGUUUACUACCAGUUUGAAGCUGCAAGCGGUUUCCUAUAUGCACGCUCUGAAAGAUAGAAAAACAAAGAGGCCGUCUAAAUGUCUAUGGUGCAGAGUCUUAUACAAUGCUUUAAUAAACAAAAAUCUUACUCAGGGCAAUAACAAAUGUGUUGCUUGUUUUUUGGCAGUUACAUUUUGCAUUUAAACAUACUGAGUUUUCUACUCUGAGGGUAUUACAGAUAGUAAAGUAUAAACCAUUCAACCAGAAAUAAAGACACAAAUAUUUAAAUUAAA